UUUCCGACUGCAGCUGUGCGCGGAGCUUCGUCGACUGAUUCAUGUGACUUACAACUGGAAAGCAUCAGGAGUAAUUCUCCGUGAAGACUGAGACAGCUUGGGCAGCAAUGUCUCAGCUGUACUAUAAGAAAGCUGACAGCUCCACGUACAGGGACCGCAUCCCUCUGCGGAUCGUGCGGGCAGAAUCGGAGCUCUCUGCUCUGGAGCGGGCCUACCUGGGGGCUGUAGAGAAGGGGGACUACGCCAGCGUGAAGCAAGCUCUGGAUGAGGCUGAGAUCUACUUCAGGAUCAACAUCAACUGCGUUGACCCCCUAGGACGCACAGCUCUGCUCAUUGCUAUUGAAAACGAGAACCUGGAGAUUAUUGAGCUGCUGCUCAGCUAUAACGUACACGUGGGUGAUGCCCUGCUACAUGCCAUCCGUAAAGAGGUAGUGGGGGCCGUUGAGCUGCUGCUCAACCACAAGAAGCCACGUGGGGAAAAGCAGGUUCCAUCAGCUCUGCUGGACAAACAGUUUUCAGACUUCACCCCAGACAUUACUCCAAUCAUCCUCGCAGCUCAAACUAACAACUAUGAGAUCAUCAAACUGCUCUUGCAGCGAGGGGUUUCUAUACCCCAGCCACACGCUAUACGUUGCAACUGUAUGGAGUGUGUGUCCAGUUCAGACGUGGAUGUCCUGCGUCACUCCCGUUCUCGUCUAAACAUCUACAAGGCCCUUGCCAGCCCGUCACUCAUUGCCCUCUCAAGCGAGGAUCCUUUCCUCACGGCAUUUCAGCUUAGCUGGGAGCUGAAGGAGCUCAGCACGGUGGAGAACGAAUUUAAAUCAGAGUAUGAAGAGCUGUCCCGUACAUGUAAACAAUUCGCAAAGGACCUCUUGGACCAGACCCGUAGUUCCAGAGAACUGGAAGUAAUCCUCAACUACCGUGACGACAUCAACCCGUUGCUUGAUGAGAACACUAAUGAGCUGGCCCGACUGAAACUGGCUAUCAAAUAUUCCCAGAAAGAGUUUGUUGCUCAGCCCAACUGCCAGCAGCUGCUGGCAUCUCGCUGGUAUGAUGAAUUCCCCGGCUGGAGGAGGCGUCACUGGGCAGUAAAGCUCAUCACUUGUAUCUUCAUUGGCCUCAUGUAUCCGCUGUUAUCCAUCUUCUACCUGAUCGCUCCAAAGAGCCGCUAUGGCUUAUUCAUCCGUAAGCCUUUCAUCAAGUUCAUCUGUCACACUGCUUCCUACCUGACGUUCCUCUUCCUGCUCUUCUUGGCCUCGCAGCAUCUACAGAGUGAUGAUCGGUUGGAACACCGUCAGGGCCCACCACCCACCAUUGUGGAAUGGAUAAUCCUGCCCUGGGUGCUUGGCUUUUUAUGGGCUGAGAUCAAACAGAUGUGGGAUAGUGGUUUAGAAGACUACAUAGAUGACUGGUGGAACCUGAUGGAUUUCAUAAUGAACUCUUUGUAUCUUGCAACAAUUUCACUGAAGAUUGUUGCCUAUAUUAAGUACAGUGCAAAGUGCCAGUUGAGAGACACCUGGGAAACGUGGCACCCAACGUUGGUGGCAGAGGCAUUGUUUUCCAUCGCCAACAUUUUCAGCUCCUUGCGUCUCAUUAGUCUUUUCACUGCCAACUCCCAUUUGGGGCCUUUACAGAUUUCAUUGGGCCGCAUGCUUCUGGACAUCCUUAAAUUUCUCUUCAUCUACUGUCUAGUGCUGCUAGCAUUUGCCAAUGGCCUCAACCAGCUCUAUUUUUACUAUGAAACAAAAACUAAUGGGACUUGCAAGGGCAUCCGCUGUAAUCAGCAAAACAACGCUUUCUCCACGCUAUUUGAAACACUGCAGUCAUUAUUUUGGUCUAUCUUUGGCCUGAUUAACCUGUAUGUGACGAACGUGGAGCCGGACCAUACAUUCACAGAGUUUGUGGGCUCUACCAUGUUUGGCACCUAUAAUAUCAUCUCCCUGGUAGUGCUUCUAAACAUGCUAAUUGCAAUGAUGAACAACUCAUACCAGCACAUUGCUGAUCAUGCAGACAUAGAGUGGAAAUUUGCACGGACAAAAUUAUGGAUGAGCUAUUUUGAAGAAGGGGGAACUUUGCCAUCUCCAUUCAAUAUAAUACCCAGUCCAAAGUCAGUUUAUUAUCUAAUUGGAUGGAUAAAAACACAUUUGUUUAGGAGACCAAGCACAAAACGUCUUGAAACCUUUGAAACUUUGGGGAGACGUGCAGCUGAAAAUGUAAAAUUAAGCCAUGAGUAUCAGGAGGUUUUGAAGAACCUCAUGAAACGAUAUGUGGCUGCAAUGAUUAGAGAUGCCAAGACAGAGCAGGGGUUGACAGAAGAAAAUUUCAAGGAGCUCAAACAGGAUAUCUCCAGCUUUCGCUUUGAAGUUCUGGGAAUGAUGAAAGGUAAACCCGGGCUAGCAGGAAAGACUCAAAAAGGGGCUACCAAAGAAGAUUCAAACACUGGAUCCCUUCACAGAAGGAAAAAACUCCCUUCUCUGAAAUGUGAUGAAAUAUGCUCAUUGCCAGAAGAAGAAAUGUUGGGUACUGAUGAAGAAAUGCAAGGAAAACAUCAGACUGAGGACAUAAUUGUGGACGUUUCACAGACUGAUGAGAAGGAAUUCAAGGAGAUUAAACCUUCUUGCAAAGAACUUGAUAAGGAUGAGCUGACAAAAUAUAAAAAUUAAUCUGCCAGCAAGUAAAACUUAAAAUAGUUUAUUGAAAUAAGUUUGCUUGUGAUAAACUGUACUGUGGUAAAUUACCUAUUCUGCUUAAUCAUGAAUUCUAUCUGGUAUAUAAUGGUAUUAGAAAAUCACAAAUUAUAUGAGAUGCAUACACCCACAAAAAUAUGUGCUGAGGACAGGCAUCAGUGCCGACUUGAUCCUCAAGCAAUUGCCAAACCAGUUAAUAAUUUAUGUUUUACACUGAGCAAUUCAUUCCAAAGAAUCCUUACACCCCGCUGCCUAUCUUCUACUCUUUUAUUGCCCACUUACUAUGCUAUGCAAAAAUACUGUAUCUUAACCCAGUGUCCAGUUAUUUGUACAGAAGAAAUAAUCAACAGUUUUAACACUGAUAUUGUAUUCAGUACUGGAGGUAAUUUGAAAUUUAAUCAUACUGUCAAGUACAAAAGACCCUUCUCUCCUACACUGGGAGGUGAAAGGGAAAGCUUUAUUCUUAUUUUUGCAGUUGGAAUUUAGAUGAUGUAAUCUAGAUUUGGUCCUGUAGUAACUGUUGUAACCUUGCAGGCAGUGUUGCAGACUAGUGAACUACAUUUAACUUGAUUUAUAGUUUAACUUAUUUUGCAAUAACUUACAGUUGAUCCACAAUAACGUAAGCACUUCAUUUUUAUGUUUUUGUGGGUGCUUAGCUGUUAAAGCUACAGCUUUGACCCAUUUAUUUAAACAGUUUUACGAUGGCAAUCAACCAGCGUUUAAACUAGGUACAGCAGGCUGGUAUUGCCCAGCGUUCACUAAGCAACAUCAUCAAUGAUAAAAGUGAUGGGUUUUACAUGCUGUUUUAUCCCCACCUGGAGUUCCUAGGCAACUGUGUGAUGGCCAGUGUAUAAACAUAACUGAGUGUGUUUAUUCACUGGCCAUAUCUCUGUAUAUCACUGAGAUAUACAAUGAUGAUUUUAUAAAAAUAUUUUGUUAAAAUUUUUAUAUCAUAUGCAGAUUGCCAGUUUAAUCUUCUUCUUUUUUUAAAAUCUGUUUGAAGUUAUAUUUUAAAGUGGCUCUAUAUAAACAAAAUUUCUUCAUGUGUUGAUUUAGGUGUAGUUCUUCCAGUUCUUUCAGUAUGAUUUACAUUUUCCUAACACUGCUUGCAAGGUUAAAGGCGUUCUAGAAAUUUGUGAUUACUCUUCAGUUUAGUAACUUGUCACAUGUAUUUAAAUUGAUCUGAAUAAAUAAAAUUGAAUGCUAA